AUGUUUCGCGACGGGAGCUUAGGCCUACCGGGAUUCGGCGGAGAUGACGAGGAAUACAACAGUUUAAAGCAGAAACUCGCGUCUUCGUCCCAAAAAAGCGGGCGGUUACCUCCGUCGUCGUCAGGGUCCGCUGCUUCGUCCGCGUCGAACCGGGGUGUGCCAGCAGCGGGUGUGGCGACGACUGCGACAAUCGCAGAUGUGAAAACAGCGGAUGCGAAGGAAACAGAUGUUCGUUCGAAAAGUGCAUCCGCUGUCCGACCUGAUAUGCCCAGCGCCACCGCUGCUCCUCCCAGCGCCACCGCGGCUGCUCCUCCCAGCGCCACCGUUUCUGCUCCAGACCCUUCGUCUGCACCCGACGCCAGUGAAGCGACAGGGAGCAUUUAUAGAAAGGCUAUUGACGAGUCUCUCACUAACGAGUCCGUCCAGGCUGGAAGCAGCGGGGCAGACGAGAUGAGGAGUAACGAGGGGAGAGUAAAUGCGGGGCAAGCAGGCACGUCUAAGAGGGUUGCCUUUGCUCUUCCUCCCUUAGAAACAGACGAGUCAGCCAAGGGAUUCAGUAAGGCAGUACGCGGGGCUGCUGAUGGCGAUGGCGGUGAUAAGCGUGAGGCCGGAGAUUCUCCAUCUUCGCCGUCCACUGCGCCAGCAGCAGAGAACCCCAUAGAGUCAGCUCUCGCCGUGGCUUCUGAUUGGCUCAGACGGCAGGGAAUGGGAGCGCGCGCAGUGGCUGCUAUCGACCAUGCGAUUCACAACAUGGGGCCAGCAGCACAGGGGGCGGCGCAGGCCUGGCGGCAGCUGUGGGCGGCGCACGGGCGGCAGGUGGUGGGGGAGGUGGUGAAGUGGCCCAUGCUGGCGCAUGUGUGCAUCGGCGUGGGGCUCACAUUCCUCCUCUGCCAGACGGGCUUCCUCCUCUCGCUGCUGCUGCUGCCCUGGGCUGUGCUCUACUUCUGGCUGGCCAUGCCCGAGGCGGAAACGGCCUUCUGGGCGUCGGUGCUACUCUCAAAGGCAUGGCCGCUCUUCCUGAACGACCUGGUGUCCACCAAGCUCGUGCCCAAAGUCGCGCCCUGGUUCCUCUCCCGAUACAAGCCGCCCAUGCUCGCGAAGGUGGAGGUGGUGAAGGCCAACUUCGGUGACACGGCGCCCGUCAUCACGUCCAUCAAGGCGUUCCGGGAGGGAGGAGGGCGCAACCAUGUGGAGCUGGAGGCGAGUGUGGAGAUAGUGGGUGCGGACAACAUGAGCGUGCAGGCAACGGCGUACGUGGCGGGCAUGGCUAGCAUCCCCUGGACCGCGUAUAUCACCGGGCUGCAGCUCACCGGCACGAUGCGGGUGGGGCUGCGGUUCCGGCGCUCGCUGCCGUUUGUGGACCGGGUGACGCUGAGCUUCGUGCGCCCCCCCCAGGUGUCGUGCGCCAUCAAGGUCAUGGGCGCCCUGGACGCCGCCAGCAUGCCCCUCGUCGCCUCCUAUGUGGACUACACGCUCCAAAACGCGCUCAAGACGUCCCUCUGCUGGCCCAACCGGCUGGUGGUGGUGGACGCGGUGAGGGCAGCAGCCUUUGUGCUGGACCUGCCAGUGCCGCCCCCCACACCCGAGGAGAUCAGCAUCGUCACUCCGCGGCCCGUCACCAAGAGCAAGAGUACCAUCUCUGCUAUCUCUAAAAAGUUCCUUUCCAAAAAAGGCAAGGAUGCCUCGGCCGUCUUGCCAGCUGUCGCCACGCUAUUGGUCGAAGUCAUCGAGGCAAAGGAUCUCCUGGCGGCAGAUUCGGGCGGUACCUCUGACCCCUAUGUGAAAGGGUCGAUCGGCGCUGCCCGCUUCCAAACCACGGUCAUCUCGAAAAACCUCAACCCGCAGUGGAAGCAAAAGUUUGAGGUGCCCGUUGCGGACUGGUCGCUGCCCGAAAGCUACACUCUGGUACUGCGCGUGAAAGACUAUGAUAUGUUUUCGGCCAAUGACGCGAUCGGGCGGGCUCAGAUGGACAUUAGUGCGGUGAGGGGGGCUGGGAGGAAGGAAGAGUGGCUGCCACUAGUGGACGGCGGAAAUGGAAAGAUAAGAGUGGCUGUAGAGGUGAAGGAGGAGGGGGGUAUUGCGGCUAGCGGCAGUGGUUCCGAUCCUGCUGGUGCUUCUGCUGGUGCUUCUGCUGGUGCUGGUGGUGAGAGUGGUGCUGCUGUGGGUGGUAGAGCAGUGGAGAGAGCAGCUUCAGAUGCGUCAACGACCACUGUGGAGUCGUACACUCACGAAUCCCAAUCAGUCUCGCCUGCCCGCUCUGAGGAUGCUGCUCAGGCGGCUGCUCCCACCACAGCCACAGUCAUUCCCCGCGCGUCUACCCCCGAGGUCCCCCCCUCCCCGUCUCUCACGCCUUCCUCCUCCUCCUCAGCGUCCAAGAGCAGCAGCUGGUUCCGAGGCCUGUCGGGGUCCGGCCGUGCCAGCCGCAACAGCCGCAACAACCCCAGCACCACAGGCACCACCACCACCUCGUCCCAGCCCAUGUCACUCGAAGAAACCGCCCCUGGGGCCUCAACUCCCAAGGAAAUGGCUGCGGCACCGAAGACGCCCAAGGAGGGCACAGCAACACCGCGGUCGGGCAGCCGCAGCUGGUCGUUCAAGUCGGGGUCGCUCAGACGCCUGGGGUCGGGCGCGGGUGCGAGCCUGGGCAUUGCCGUCGCCACCGUCCACGUGGAGGUCAUCGAGGCUGACUCCCUCGUUGCUGCCGAUAAAACCGGUACGUCCGACCCUUACCUGAAGGGCUCCCUGGGCUCUUCCAAAUUCUCCACCAAAAUUAUUUUCAAGACUCUCUGCCCGCGAUGGAAUGAAAAGUUUUCGCUGCCCGUAAAGGAAUGGCCGCCUGCGGGCAGCCCGUUCCUGCUGAAGCUGAAUGUUUUCGACCGCGACAUGCUGACUCAGCACGACCCGCUAGGAAUCGCUGUCCUCGAUGUCAUGCCUCUCAGGGACGGCAUCAGGCACGACCUGUGGGUGAAACUAGAGAAUGUGACUACAGGGAGGGUGCAUGUGGCUGUGACUGUAGAGGAUCACAUGGGGCCAGCAGAUACCGAUGAGGAGGAGAAUGAGUCAGUGGAAGGAGGGGAGGAGGGUGGGGAUGGGAAGGCGGGGGUUAACUCUGCCCGUAAUGCUGCUGCCCAGGUAACACCUGCACCAGAAUCACCUUCCCGAUCGGCGUCGCGCUCGUCCAAGAAGCAAGCAGGCAAGGCGCCUGCACUGACCAGCAUUCCUUCGGGGCAGGAGCUCUCAGCCUUGGCUGACCCCCCUGCUGCCUCUUCCUCUUCCUAUGGGCCUUCCAGCCCCCCGGCUGCCAUUGACUCUCCUGUGGCUGGGAAAGGGGGAACGGAAGAGGUAGGAGAAGCAGGGGCGGUGGCAGAAGGAGACGCGGAGGUGCCGCAGGUGUGGGUGGCGCAUGUGGAGAUCAUCGAAGCCACGGAUCUGGUCGUUGCUGACAUGACAGGUUACUCGGAUCCUUACACGAUCGGCAAAAUCGGAGAAGCGACAUUUCAAACGAAGCAUAUCUCUCGAACCCUCAACCCUAAAUGGUACGAAGAGUUUAGGGUCUCCGUGCCUGUAUGGGACCCUGACGUCACAUUUCUUCAGCUUGUUGUGAAAGAUCGAGACACAUUCUCUGCAGAUGAGUCCAUAGGCAAAGCGAAUGUCAAUUUGAACGUGUUACGGGAUGGGCAGCGCCAUGCGCUGUGGUUACCAUUACAAGGGGUGAAGAGCGGUAAGUUGCAUGUGGCAGUGACGUUGAAGGAGCAAAGCGUGGAGUCUAAUGUAGUGGUGCACGAGCUAAUGCCCGGCUGUGUCAUCGAGUGCUAUGAUGCGAUCAAGCUCGUGCUCUAA